AGAAUCACCAAUCACUCUGUUUGGGAAGAAAUGACUUCUAUUAAUGGCAUCCGUAUGAAAUCACCUUCUCUUACAAUGGGAUCUGAAUUAGCAAAUAGUGUGUUCCUUUGGGCUUUAUCACUGUGUUUUGCUCCAUUUAUGUAUUUCUUGGCACUAACAGUUUCAAGAGAGAAAAGGAAAUUAAAGGAGGUGAUGAAGACAAUGGGACUACGAGAUGCAGCAUUCUGGCUCUCCUGGGGUUUGCUGUACACCAUAUACAUCUCAAUUCCAAGCAUGGUGCUGACAUUUUGUCUGAAAGCUACAUAUUUUUACCUAACCAGCAAUUCUAUCUUAUUUGUCCUGCUUUUCCUUUAUGGCAUUUCAUCUAUAUGUCUCUGUUUCAUGUUGAGCUCUCUCCUAAAGAAACCCAGAACCACUAGCUUUGUUAUUUUCAUCUUCACUUUUUGUUUGGGAGCCCUCAACAUUACUACAACAAUCAGGUUGAUACCUCCAAGUUUGGAGUUGAUUUUGAGCAUCUUCUGCCCAUUUGCUUUUGGUGCUGGGCUUUCAAAGGUUCUCUAUUUUCAAAAAUAUGGAAGGACCUUUGAUUUUACUGACUUAAUGUUGGAACCAUAUGGUUAUUGCUUGCUUAUUGACAGCGUCUUAUACAUGCUGCUGGCUUUCUAUUUUGAUAAGGUUGUGCCUGACAAAUAUGGGGUGCCUUAUCCUCCACUGUUUUUUCUGAAGAAGACCUAUUGGUGUAAACCAAAAAGCCCCUAUACCGGGAAUGUUCCUACAAGUGAAUGGAGUCAUGGGAGUAUCUUCAGUGAUAAUACUGAGCCUGUGCCCCCUGAAUUCGAUGGGAAGGAAGCCAUAAGACUAAAUAAUAUUAAAAAAAAUUAUAAAAUGAAAAGCACAGAAGAAGAAGCUUUGAAAGGAUUGUCCCUGGAUAUUUAUGAAGGGCAAAUCACUGCAAUACUUGGUCAUAGCACAUCUGGAAAAACUACAUUGCUAAACAUCCUCAGUGGACUUUCCAAACCAUCUGAUGGUUUUGCAUCCAUAUUCAAGUACAAUGUAUGGGAAAAGGAACAUAUGGAAAAGAUUUGGGAAAUAAGUGCUAUCUGUCCAAAAUGGAAUAUUCAAUUUGAAUUUUUAACAGUGAGAGAAAACUUAAAAACAUUUGCUAAAAUAAAAGGGAUACCAUCCAAUGCUGUAGAAAAAGAGGUUGAAAAAUUGUUGACACUCUUGGACAUCAAGGCCAUUCAAAACACCCAAGCUAAUCAUUUAAGUGGUGGACAAAAACGAAAAUUAUCUCUUGGUAUUACACUUUUAGGAGAACCACAGGUAAACCCACUAUUAG